CGACAAAAGUUUGCGGCGCCCUCCCGUCUGUGUAUAGUAAAAGACAAAAGAAACAGAUAAUUCCUAUUUUACCCUUUCCCUCUUUAAAUUCGUAUCACCUUUCUUUCGACCUCUGAGAAAAUUGCAGGUUUUUCACUCCUUUUCGGAUCAUGGACGCCCUUUCUUCCCCUUUCCUCACCGGCGGGAACCUCCUCCUCUCUCCGCCAAUCUCCAUCUCCCGACCGCCCUUUUCUAUGGCCAUAACAUCCGUUUUUACCGAAGAAACCCCCAAAACCGUGAAAAAAACGAAUGCGGAUUCUCCAUCGCCCCGACGACCUCCUCCUCCUGCAAUGGCGAAGGGCCCUUCCACCACACGACUCGAACCAUCUUUACCGGCGAGGUUUUUCAAUGCCUUUGACGACCUGAUCAACAACUUCAUAAACCCGCCGGUCAGUCCGUCGGUCGAUCCACGGUACGUCCUUGCCGACAACUUCGCUCCGGUGGACGAGUUACCACCGACGGAGUGUGAAGUCAUCCAAGGCUCGUUGGCUUCGUCUCUCAACGGCGCGUACAUUCGUAACGGCCCGAAUCCUCAGUACCUUCCCCGUGGGCCCUACCAUUUGUUCGACGGCGACGGGAUGCUUCACUCGCUUCGAAUCUCCAACGGCCAAGCCGUUCUGUGCAGUCGUUAUGUCAAGACUUACAAAUACAUUCUGGAGCGUGAUGCUGGUCAUCCUGUUUUCCCCAAUGUUUUCUCCGGCUUCAAUGGACUCACAGCCUCCGCCGCGCGGGGCGCCGUCGCAGCUGGCCGGGUGUUAACCGGCCAGUACAAUCCGGCGAACGGCAUUGGCCUUGCCAACACCAGUGUCGCUUUCUUUGGCGACCGCCUUUACGCCCUAGGUGAGUCCGAUUUACCGUAUUCGAUCCGAUUGGCUCCGAACGGCGAAAUUGAAACUCUCGGCCGCCAGGAUUUCGACGGAAAUCUGUUUAUGAGUAUGACGGCUCAUCCGAAAUUCGAUCCCGAUACUGGUGAAACAUUCGCGUUUCGGUACGGUCCUCUGCCUCCGUUUUUAACCUUCUUUCGAUUCGACAAAAACGGAGCCAAACAGUCCGAUGUACCGAUAUUUUCGAUGAAUCGACCUUCCUUCCUGCACGAUUUUGCAAUUACGAAAAAGUACGCUGUAUUUACAGAGAUUCAGAUUGGAUUUAAUCCUAUGCUGAUGAUAAUGGAAGGACGAUCUCCAGUUGGAACAGAUCCAUCGACAGUUUCAAGAGUAGGACUAAUUCCUCGAUACGCUAACGACGAAUCGAAGAUGGAGUGGUUCGAUGUACCUGGAUUUAACCUGAUUCACGCCAUUAACGCUUGGGAUGAAGACGACGCUGUGGUUCUGCUGGCGCCGAACAUUCUCUCCGUCGAACACACACUGGAGAGGAUGGAUCUGGUUCACGCCUUAAUGGAGGAGGUCAGAAUCGACUUGAAAACAGGAAUAGUUACGCGGCGGCCAUUGUCUACCAGAAACUUAGACUUUGGAGUGAUAAAUCCGUCGUACAUCGGGAAGAAAAACAAGUUCGUAUACGCCGGCGUUGGAGAUCCAAUGCCUAAGAUAUCGGGAGUAGUAAAGCUCGACGUGUCUCAAGAAGAACGCCGAGACUGCAUCGUUGCGAGUAGGAUUUUCGGGCCUGGUUGCUACGGCGGCGAGCCGUUUUUCGUGCCGAGGGAAAGGGAAAGUUCCGACAAGACGGCGUUGGAGGAAGACGACGGAUAUGUUGUCUCGUACGUUCACGACGAAAACUUCGGCGAGUCGAAGUUCAUCGUCAUGGACGCCAAGUCGCCGAAGCUCGAGAUUAUCGCUGUCGUGAAGCUGCCGCGUCGGGUCCCUUACGGCUUCCACGGAUUGUUUGUGAAAGAAAGUGAUCUCAAUAUGCUGUGAAAUGAAAUUAACCAACAAUAAUUUUAGGCCGAACCGGACCGUUCGAGUCGGUUCUCCGCUUAGAUGGGGGCAUCAUGAAGUAGAUUUUGUAUACCCAUCUUCUUAUAUUUAUAUAGUCUUAGACUAUUUCACAAAUUAUUUUUA